CUGAGAUCCACAAUUUCACCACCAGACUGAAAUACUAUAUCAUUGAAGUAGUAUUGCCAAAAUGAGCUGUGGGGUUUACGCAUGCAUAAGGGAACAAUAUGAAUCAAGCGGAGUUUCGCUGUGCUCUCCACGGUAUGGUAUACAUCGAGCCAAACUCUUCCUGGUUUUCAGAAGCACUCGGAUCAAAACCCACGCUCCGCUCCAGGAGUUAGGAGGAACGUCGUAUCCUGCGAGAGCUUGCUGGGCUCGAAGUUGCCUUGAGGAACUUCAGCAUCCCUGCUGGCUGAAAAUGGCAGCGAUGUCCAAAGUCACAGUGGUCAAGUCCGAGUCGUUCGCCAGGCUUUCCGCCUCCACCACCUUGCAGCACCCAACGAUGGCGGAGCACAAAAGCCAUUUCCCAAGUCUAUCCCAUGCGAUACAGUCAGUCUCGGUUCCCAGCAGAAAAGUCUCCUGAUCAGUGAUUGAGAUGAUCGGCAGGGCAACAUCUGUACUAUGAGCCUCAGGACUGCGAACUCAUAUCAAUUUCAAGUGAAGACUACGA